AUGUAUAUAAUUUUCACACAUUCUUUAUAGUCCUUCGAACAGAAGAAAGUUCUUUUCCAAGACUGGAAUCCCCAAACGAGAGUUCAUUUUCUCCAGAAACGAAAAGUAGCUCACACAGCACACCCAGAAAUUGGGAGGAAAUGUCAGAAAGGAGUUGCCUUUAUAACAUAAAUGAGGACCUUUCAUGAGUAGACCCCAGAAGAAUGGAGUCUAAAUUUACAAAAUCUGGGUCUUCCAAAACUCAGCCCCAACUAAAAGAUCAAUCUAGAACGAAAUCUCAGCAAAAAGCAGUUCAUUUCAGCUGUAACAAAUAUUUGAGAUCCAGAAUUCCACUCAGCAAGCAAAAAUUGUUGAAUUAUGAGAAGUGAAAGACUCAAAAAUGAAGAUUCAACUUAGGAAUUCCCUUGAAGAAGAAUGGGAAUAUGACCCAGUUUGCUAGAUCAGCAAUGAGAGGCAGAAGACAGAGAGCACUUACACAAGAUAGGACUCCCUGAACCAAUGCUACAGUUUGGCCAGAACAGAAGCAAUCUACAGCUAUCAUUGACCUCACCCCCAGGGAAUCCUGGUCCCGAAUCAAGAGCCGAAGGUCCAAGUCUAAAUUUUGCGAGGAUACAACAGACUAUUCUUCCAAGAAGGCAAGAGAGGUUAGGAAUGGUUUAGAGCCAUCACCAUCGAUCCAGCCUGGGCUCCAACAAGCUCUUAAUGACGAAAUUCCGGCAGUGUUUAAUAACUCAAACAUAAAAACUAUUAUUGCAAAUCAGUCUUUGAGAGAUAAUUUAAACCCACGACAAGUGCACAAGCUGCUCAACUACACUACCUCUUUCCAGGUAUCUCAAAGAAGCCAAAUCUCACACAGACACACUCAAAAGAUGCCUUCCAGUGGGGCCCAAAACAGAAGAAAUCUGAAUAAGUCUUGCAACUUCUUAGUCAAAAGUGAAAAGAUCUCAUUGAGCAUAAGGCAUAAAAAUUUGGUAAAACUAGGCUCUCCUUUCAAAGUGAAACUUGGAGGAGGGUACACUAACGGAAUCUUGCCCACACGGCUAUCAAAUGAGGAAGCUCAGAUGAUGAGUAUCUCUAAUAACUCUACUUUGGAUGCAAAGACAACCGAAGCUCCUCUGAAGAGAAGCUUCAAGAAUACUUUGUACUCACAGAGUUUCAAGCUCAAGCUUCGAAAUAUGAGUAGAGGAAACACCAAGAAGGUUAGAGAAAAACACUUUAGGAAAUUGAAUAAUCUGACAAAACAGGACAUUUCAAAAAUUGUAAUGGAUCACAUUGGAAAGAGCAAGCUGAACCAAAGGGCGAAAGGCUUAGCCUGAAACGAACCUGACAAGCAGCAAACAUCUCCCUGUACAGCUGCGAAAAGCUGAGCCUCUGGAAUCAGGAAAGAAGUAGCAUACAUUCCGUAUGUAUCUUCUAGUGACAAGGACACAGUAUAUAUCGACUGUGGUUCAAGUACUCGGAUGAAUAUUUUAUAA